CAACCAGCAAUCACCAUGAAGUUCCUCAUCGUCUUCGUUGCCCUCUUCGCCCUGGCCGUGGCCGCUCCUGCCGCUCCCCAAGCUGAGGUUCAGAUCCUCCGUUCGGACUCUGAUGUCGGACCCGAGAGCUUCAAAUACAACUGGGAGACUAGCGAUGGCCAGGCUGCUCAGGCUCAGGGAGAGCUGAAGAACAUUGGAUCCGAGAAUGAGGCCAUCUCCGUCCAGGGCUCCUACCGCUUCGUUGCCGAUGAUGGCGUCACCUACGAGGUCACCUACAUCGCCGACGAGAACGGAUUCCAGCCCCAGGGUGCCCAUCUGCCCGUUGCCCCCGAGGCCUAAGUUCGGUUGCUUUCAUCUAGAGCAGCUUUAAAUCCACCCAAAUCCUACUCAAUUCCUUGUUAUUUUCCCGAA